CACGGUUGAUUUGUUGCAACGCAAACGCUCUUCUUAACCACACAACCAACCAACGACCUCACCACUGCUGAACUACACAAAGACAAAACUACAAUGUCGAGCAACAAGAUCCUCGGUGACAGAGACGUCAACGCCGCUCUAGCCGAUGGGCAGCCUCUCGGCAAGGACGUCAAGAGCAUGGAGUACCAUCGCCAGGUGUUCCAAUCCAGAAUGGCUCAGGAUGGAGUCAAGCAAUAUGUCUCUCCCUCCGAUACCAUCAUGAGCCCCUGCACAGCAAAGCUCUCUGCCCUGCGCAGCAAGCAAGUCACCAAGGCCAAACCAAAGUCUCUCUUCGCCCAGGCGAGCUCUAAGAAACUCAACACCGACGAGAACCUCAUCGGCACAAGGUCCCCUCAGGUCGACAAUCCUCUUGGUGCUAGAAGCGUCAAGACCGAGCGUACCCUGACCUCCCGACUUCGCUGAUCUGGGGGCCUUGUGUCCCUUUUAUAUUCAUUUUUAAUAUUGCUUCGUUUGGUCUGGGUUAUUUCUUUUGUACAUUAACGACUGCUUCCUUUUUUCAAACGCUCUCGUCAUGAUUAGAGACGGGGGGAAGCAACUAGGUUGGGCAAGACCUCGGAACUAAGGGUUAGAGGCUAUCGCGGGAAACUUGUGGGUUUUUUAAGGGGCUUUGGCGUUUUCCGGAUU